AUGGCACAAGCAGCACGACCACGAAGAAGAGCCACACGACAAAAAAAUAAAAAUGUCAAAUAUACCGAAAACAGUGACAGCAGCGACAUUGGCGAAUCGAGCGAUUUCGACCCUCAUAACAGUAGCGAUGAUCAAGAAGACGACGGAGGACAUGGAUCUUCCAAAAGAAAAACGAUUUCAAAGCCGCGCAUGCUGGACAUGCUCAAAUCGCCUACUUUGCGAAAACGCAAAAGCAAUUCUAAAGCGACUUCACCUUCGAAAAGAAAAGCCAAACCCAAGAUUGCACCACGAUCAGUCCAUCGUGUGAAUGCCAUUGCAGCGAUAACGCCAUUACGGCGUCGUGAACAAGAACGAUCGACACCAGCAACAGCAUACGAAUUGGCGCGUGAACGAUUGCAUGUAUCGGCCGUGCCUGAUUCUUUGCCCUGUCGUGAAGUGGAAUUUUCGGAUAUCAUGGGAUUUCUGGAAAGUGCUGUGGAAGCAGGCACAGGCACAUGUGUAUAUAUCUCUGGCGUGCCUGGCACUGGUAAAACAGCCACUGUACUUGAAGUCAUGAGACACUUGCAAUACAAAGCAGAACAACAGGAACUACCAGAAUUCGAUUUUGUCGAAAUCAACGGUAUGAAAGUAACCGAUCCAAAUCAAGCAUAUAGUAUCCUGUGGGAAUGCUUGAACAAGUCAGAUGGCGGGAGCAGCACCGCGGCACCACGCCGAGUAACGUCCGCACAUGCAUUGGAUUUACUUGAAGCACGGUUCUCCGCGCCAGAUGAUCGACAAAAAACCACGGUGGUGCUUAUGGAUGAGCUGGAUUUACUGGUUACUAAAAAGCAAACCGUCAUGUACAACUUUUUCGAAUGGCCGAACCGACCUAAUUCAAAGCUCAUUGUUGUCGCGAUUGCCAAUACCAUGGAUCUUCCAGAAAGAAUGCUGACGAAUAAGAUCUCGAGUCGUAUGGGUCUAACACGCAUCAACUUUCAACCGUAUACGUACCAACAAUUAUACCAAAUCGUGGAAUCAAGAUUGGAAGGUAUCGAUGCAUUUGAAACCGAAGCUGUCGAGUUUGCUGCGCGUAAAGUCAGUGCCGUCAGUGGCGAUGCUCGACGUGCUUUGGAUAUCUGUCGACGAGCCGUGGAAAUUGUCGAGUCAAGGCAAUACCAGCUACCUGCUCCCGGUAGUGCAGCCGGUGAUAAAGCGAAAAAUACCCAUGUCACGAUCGGUAUUAUCAAUGACACGAUCAAAGAGAUGCUAGCAUCGCCGACGGUAUCGUUUCUACAAGCAUGCGCCUUGCAUCAAAAGCUGUUUCUCGUAUCAGUGAUGCUCUGCGUUCGGCGGUCGGGUUUGGGCGAUGUUGAAUUUGGAGAUGCGGCGAAUUACCAUAUGCAGGCUUGCCGGUGGCACCAUGUCCAGCCGCCGACAACGAGUGAUUUGAUGCGUGUGUGUGAGUCGCUGGGACAAGCACGGGCGCUGGUAAUCGAAGGCGGGCGCAUGGACCUGGCGAUGCGUAUGUCGCUGAAUAUCUCGGAACAAGACAUAGUCAUGGGAUGCAAAGGCGACAAGGUAGUGGGCAAGCUGCUGAACAAUGGUUAA